AUGUCCCUCUGCUCUCUCCUCAAAGCUCUCUGUCCCUCUGCUCUCUCCUCAGAGCUCUCUGUCCCUCUGCUCUCUCCUCAAAGCUCUCUGUCCCCCUGCUCUCUCCUCAAAGCUCUCUAUCCCUCUGCUCACCUUAAAGCUCUCUGUCCCUCUGCUCACCUUAAAGCUCUCUGUCCCUCUGCUCACCUUAAAGCUCUCUGUCCCUCUGCUCACCUCAAAGCUCUCUGUCCCUCUGCUCACCUUAAAGCUCUUUGUCCCUCUGCUCACCUUAAAGCUCUAAGUCCCUCUGCUCUCUCCCCAAAUCUCUCUGUCCCUCUGCUCUCUGCUCAAAGCUCUCUGUCCCUCUGCUCUCUUCAAAGCUCUCUGUCCCUCUGCUCUCUCCUCAAAGCUCUCUGUCCCUCUGCUCUCUCCUCAAAGCUCUGUCCCUCUGCUCUCUUCAAAGCUCUCUGUCCCUCUGCUCUCUUCAAAGCUCUCUGUCCCUCUGCUCACCUUAAAGCUCUCUCUAUCUGUCCCUCUGCUCACCUUAAAGGUCUCUGUCCCUCUGCUCACCUCAAAGCUCUCUGUCCCUCUGCUCACCUCAAAGCUCUCUGUCCCUCUGCUCUCUCCUCAAAGCUAUCUGUCCCUCUGCUCACCUCAAAGCUCUCUGUCCCUCUGCUCACCUUAAAGCUCUCUGUCCCUCUGCUCACCUCAAAGCUCUCUGUCUCUCUGCUCACCUUAAAGCUCUCUGUCCCUCUGCUCACCUCAAAGCUAUCUGUCCCUCUGCUCACCUUAAAGCUCUCUGUCCCUCUGCUCACCUCAAAGCUCUCUGUCCCUCUGCUCACCUCAAAGCUCUCUGUCCCUCUGCUCACCUUAAAGCUCUCUGUCCCUCUGCUCACCUUAAAGCUCUCUGUCCCUCUGCUCACCUCAAAGCUCUCUGUCCCUCUGCUCACCUUAAAGCUCUCUGUCCCUCUGCUCACCUCAAAGCUAUCUGUCCCUCUGCUCACCUUAAAGCUCUCUGUCCCUCUGCUCACCUCAAAGCUCUCUGUCCCUCUGCUCACCUCAAAGCUCUCUGUCCCUCUGCUCACCUCAAAGCUCUCUGUCCCUCUGCUCACCUCAAAGCUCUUUGUCCCUCUGCUCUCCUCAAAGCUCCUUGUCCCUCUGCUCACCUUAAAGCUCUUUGUCCCUGUGCUCACCUUGAAGCUCUCUGUCCCUCUGCUCUCCUCAAAUGAAGUAGACCACCCCAUGUCAAACUGUUGA